UCCACUCUACCGGUUCUUUCAAAACAUUGUCAAUGGUAUGAAACGGUUAGAUGACACAAUAUCGUGUGUUAGUUUACCGACAUUGUAACUGUAUUUGCGACUUAUUCGUCUACUUGUGGAAAAUACAGGGAGACCCGAUGCCAGUAGCAUGACGGCCGAACAAGAAAUCAAGUUGAAAGAAUGUGUUUAAGUGUUUCAACAUUGCGUGGGUGGCGUUGUCUGUUGGAUCUGGUGUCAUUAUAAGAUGAGGGGUGUUAGCUUUUGUACCUAUUGACGAGUUAAACCGCAAAAUAUGCAUGACAAUACCGUUAUCAACCAAAACUGAAUCUGCGUGUAAACAAGUCGUUUACUAUCAUAUUAAAACCAUGUGUGAGACUAACAGAAGAUAUUAAUGUAUAAUAAUAAUAAUACUAUCAACUUGGCUUGGCUUACAUUUAUUUAACGUGCUUCUGAUCGACAUAUUAAAUGGACGUGAAAUGGCGUUAUGACUAUGAGAAUUCUCGAUUAAAGAUACAACUAAUCCAAGCAAUGGCUGAAGUAAAUAGCAAAUGGAAUUUAGAGAAGUCCUGAUUAUUCAACAUUGAUAAAUUAUCAACAUUCUCUAAUAUAAUCAUGAGCUAUGCCCGCAUCCUGGCACAUUAUCCAUGUAUUGUUCUGGUGGUGGUAUUGGUUGUUGCUGUUACUUGUUUGGUUGUGUCAAUCACUGUGGGCGAACAGCCUGACUUUUCAGAUCCUUUGGCUGGUUUUGAGCCUAGACAAACUGAAAUAGGUGCAAGAAUGGUGGCAUAUGAAAACUUGGUUAAAAAUAACGAUGAAAAUGUUAACUUGCUACCAUAUGUUAAAAUGUACAAAGAAAAUCUUAUUGAACGAAUACGCAAUAAGUCAAAAGAACGCAAGCGGCAGAAGGAAAAGAAGAAGAAAAGAAAAAAACUACGAUUGUCAUCCAAAGCAUCAAAAAACUCUUCAAAAUUAGAAUAUGAUUCAGAUGAAAAGUUCUUUUGUGGUAUACCAGAUAAAGCCUAUGCCAGAUUGGUGUUUGGUUCUGCAGAUGGUAGUUCCUUAUAUAGUGCAAAAAAUCUCCAUAAUUUAUGUCUAAUGGAAAGUUCAUGGCUACAUAAAAGAAAGGAUUACCGUAGCAACUGUAUCAAAGCCAUGAGUCAUAACUGUUGUAGAAGUUGGUCACUUGGAAACUAUGUAGCCCUUUUAUCCAAUAAGAGUGGAUGUAUGGAGGUGACAGAAGAUGAUUUAAGUCAAGUACUUAAUACUCUGGAGAUGUGUGCACCAUUUUAUGGUAACUACUCCUUAGGACCUAACUGUCAUUUCUCUCCGGAUGCUUGGUUUUACUCUUAUGAUCAUCCAUUAGAUCACUGCCCAGGAAUUCCUCAUCAGUGUACCCAAUAUAAUGCUGUUUAUCAUAUUUUACACUAUUUAACAGACUCUUCAUUUUCAAAACAACUCACAAAAAACAAUAAAUUGUCUUUAAAAUAUACCAUUACAUUUCUUCCUGUUGCUGGCAGCUCCUCCUCAAUAGAUUUAUAUAAAUAUAUAGAAAGUUUACCCAGACAAUACAAAACUGUAGAAAUAGUUGGUGCUGAGUUUGGUAUAAAGCAUAUACUGUUUGAAGAAUAUCUAAUAUCAGAUACAAAAUGGCUGUCUGCUGCUGGUGCGGUCAUCUUUAUUUUCAUGUGGCUUUAUUCAUCCUCCAUUUUUAUCACCUGUAUGACAUUUUUAGCCAUGUUUGGAUCACUGGAAGUGGCAUAUUUUCUCUACAUGUUUGUGUUUGAGAUCAAAUUUUUUCCAUAUAUGAAUAUGGUAACUGUUAUAAUUAUGAUUGGUAUUGGGGCUGAUGACAUGUUCAUUUAUUGUAAAGUGUGGCACUUAUCAAAAUCUGAAAAAAACAAUGGAACUUUAGAAAAAAUUGUGAGUGAUACGUUACGACAUGCUACUCUAUCAAUGUUAGUAACCAGUUUAACAACUUCUGCGGCCUUUUAUUCAAAUUAUAUUAGUGACAUCACUGCCAUUCAAUGUUUUAGCAUAUAUGCAGGCACUGCCGUCUUCUGUAACUUUGUGUUGAUGAUAACAUGGAUUCCAGCCAGUAUUAUGGCCUACAAGAAAUGGUGCAAUUUUUGUGUUUGUCAUAGUCCUGACAUAUAUUCAGGCAAUAAAAACGUGGGUUACUAUUUGUGUAAAAUUCCGUACAAACUAUAUUACCUCAUUACUGAUUGGUCCAGAAUAUUUUUUGAGAAGAUUUUACCUUGUUUUGUUAUUCGCUUUCGUUAUUUGUGGCUGUUUAUUUACGGUAGUUUAGGAAUAUGUGGUGUUCUUGUUAUAUUUUAUUAUCCGCGUCUUAAACUCCCUUCAUCUAAAAAAUUUCAAGUGUUUUCAUCCAAUCAUUUAUUAGAAAAAUAUGAUUUUGAACUUGGUGAGGUAUUUGGUUUUGAAAAAACUGAAAAUACAAAUGACAUUCCAUUACUGCCCAUCACAGUUAUAUGGGGAAUACACCCAAUUGACAAUGGUGACAGACUUGACCCAAGUAAAAAGGGAUCAUUAGUAUUUGAUAGUGCAUUUGAUUUGACAACAGAAAAUGCUCAAAAAUGGAUUCUGGAAUUCUGUCAACGAUUGCGCCGUUCUGAUUUUUAUCUAAAAUCCCCAGGUAUACAACUUACAAACUGCUUUUUAGAAAAUUUUGUGUAUGAAUACAUGAAGCAACCAUGUCGAGUUGAAACCACAGAUAAUACUCCAUGUUGUAAUGAAACCAAGUUUCCGUUUAGUAGAGCCGUGUUUAGCCAUUGUUUAAGUCGCUAUAUUGUAGCCUUACAAAAGACACCAGGCGUUAUCUACUCGGCCUACUCCCCAGGACCACGAUUUUCCAAUGGUCAAAUUAGUGCCUUCUUUAUUGAGUUUCUCAGUAACGAACCUUACAGCCAAUCAUAUGAGAAAAUGAGUUCUUUUUAUCAGCGAAUAAACCAAUGGGUAACAGAGGAAAUGGUGCAGGCACCUGCUGAAAUGAGAAAUGGCUGGUUAAUAAGUGACCUUGCAUUUUAUGAUCUGCAAAAAAGUCUUGCUACAGGAACUCCUUUAGCAAUGGGUGUGUCUCUUGCUGUAGCUGCUGUUGUGGCCUUUUUCACAACAUUAAAUGUUCUCAUUACAUUAUAUGCGAUUUUGUGUAUCACGUGUAUCAUUGCUGUUACUAUAGCAACUCUGGUGCUGUUAGGCUGGGAAUUGAAUAUAUUGGAAUCAGUGGUUAUUACUGUUGCUAUAGGAAUGUCCAUAGAUUUCACUUUACAUUAUGGUGUGGCCUAUAGACUGUCUCCUGAUCUAGAUCGAGAGAUGCGUGUAGCAUGUUCUGUUGGACGAAUGGGAAGUGCUGUGGCUAUGGCAGCAUUAACGACAUUCCUAGCUGGGUCAUUAAUGAUGCCUUCAACUGUUUUAGCUUAUAACAAGUUUGGAAUUUUUCUUAUGUUAAUUAUUACAAUUGGAUGGGUUUACUCAACAUUUUUCUUUCAAUCACUAUUAAGAACUCUGGGACCACAGGGAGGGUUUGGUCAAUUUCAUUGGCCAUCUUCAGACUGUUGUUCUCCAAGCAGACGAAAACAUGUAGAUAAAACAGUUUAUGCUUUUUCUGAAUCAACAUUAUCAAGUUCAAGCACAAGUUAUCCUAAUCACACUAUUAGUGAAAUACAUGAACUUGAACCUCUUACAGAAGUUUAUGAACCUCAAUCACAUUCCAGACCUCAUUCCCAUGCCCGCAUACGGCAAAAAACUGUAUAUGCCGACCUGAGCACUCGGUAUCCCUUAGAAGCUGAAGUUAUAGUCCCAAAACGUGAAACAUAUGUUAAGUUUGAAUCAGGUGUAAAAGACCAGAGUGAGGGGCAAUCAGACAUGACAUCAGAUAUUGAACACGAAAGAAUAAAUCCUGAAAAGAAAGAUGAAGUCGUAAAGGAACCAAAAACUAUGGUAUUAGAAAGUGAUGUCAUAAUUCAAAAUGGUGCAGAGGUCUAAAAAAUCACUGUUUGUUUUGUUACUUUUUUUUUUUUUUUUUUUUUUUUACAUUUUUUGCUUUUUCUAACCUUUAUGUAUACUUAAUAUAGCUUUACCAGAUCUCUACUUUAUUAUCUGUAAAUACUUUUUUCUACUUAAAAAAAAAACAACAAAAAAUAAAAAAAAAAGGAAUCAAAACUCAGAAACUUACCGAGGCAUUGUGGAAUGGUUUUAGAAUUUAAUUUUCAAACAUAAUAUUUAAUAAAUUAAAUUACUGUGUUGAUAAACUACAUAGUGUAUUCUUACAAUCUUGGAUUCAUAUAAAAUACGGGGAAAUGAUGUCUUUAGCACGUUUUCGUUUUGGGUCCUAAAAACUCGAAAUAGAGUUUUCUUUGUUUUAUACAAAUGACCAAUUUAUUGUUUUACAAAAUAUUGAAUUAACCGUUUUUUUAAAUAUUUAAUUACUGAAAUGGGGUUGAUAUAUAAUCUCAUCAUAAUUAAUACUAACAUUUUGCCGGCAACUGCAUCUAUCAGCCGUUCUCAAACUCUUGUGACUUUAUACAGAUUCAGCUCAAUUUUGUCUAGAUUAUAUUCUUAGUAAUAUAAGUAUCCCCCAUGGCAUCGCCGUAUUGGUGACUAUUUUUCUUUUCUAGAUUAUCUUCGUUGUAUGCUGCAAUGACCCAGACUGUUAACAAUUAUUGACUCACUGCUCCUCACAAAAUUGACACUUAUUUGUAUUUUUCAAUGGUUUAGGUCUAUAUUAUAGGGACCAUCCCAGCCAAAAUUAUCAAUAUUUCGAUCGAAAAUCGCGGAGUUCAUGUGGAUUCUGUUUUCAUUAGAUUCUUAACAAAAUAAAAAUAUUUUCUACCGCAAGCUACUCGUUGUUCCACGCCCAUUUCACGCUUUGAUUCAUAAAGCGUUUGGGUGCCAUUCUAUAAAGAGGGGGUCGCACUUUCCACCUACAAAUUAAAUAUCAAAUUAUAUUUAAGUAAAAUAAGAUUAUUAAUCUGUUUAUCAUAAGUUAAUGUAUUAAUAUGAUAAAAUGUUGAAAUUUAUGAAGCCGCGUGAUUGUUUAUGUACGUCUCGGAGUCGAUGUCCUGCUGUCUCGGUCACCCAGAACCCCCUUAUCUUCAAGUUACGAAUGACUAUUCUGAAUGAUAGAGACUAAUAAUGAACUGUCGAUCGAUAAGUAGUGGAACACCAGGCUACUACUUCGCUACUGAAACGUUCUUCCACAUGACAUUUGAUUGCUAGUAAACGGAGACGGAUGUUUCUAACUCAUGCACAAAUUUAGCGUGUAACAAUUUACCAAUAAGUCACCAAAAACUCAAGACUAAAAAGUGACCUAACUACGCGAGAACGUUAACUUCUUUAUUGGCCCCCAAAGCCCAUCAUACUCGCAUGCUCCUUCCCAGACCAUCCCCGCCCUUUAACAUCGAUGGUAAUAUUAUUUUUUGCUAAUACAUAUUAAAUAUAUCAAGGCCUAUUAUUCACUUUUUAAGAAAAUAAUUCGAACAUGGGUUUAUCUUCAUAAAAUCGUAUUAAUAAAACCACAUCAAAUCUUACUGGGCUCGACUAAUAACUCGCUUACCAAAAUGACCAUUUAAUUUUUGGUCACAAUUUUAUCUUAUGAAAUAAAGAAAUAAAUGUGUUAUUUAAUUAA